UCUCUAUUUCUGGCGCCAUAAAGGGACACUACUCUGUUUUGUUGACGUAAUCACGAUGGAUCAAAAGAAACCAGCCAAACCAAAGAGCAAGAAAAACAAAAAACCUAAACCAGCUCCAGUUAAGACCCCUGAACCAGAAGAGGAGGAGGAACAUGAUGAUGAGCCUCUGGAGGUUCGGUUCGAGCGUGAGGUUGCCUGGUGCAAGGAGCAGCUCUUCCUGAAGCUUCACCACGUCAAGCUGGACUCCAAGCAGGGUUUUGACUUAGCCCGGGCCAUGAAGAUCUUAGACAGUGACAAAGCACCAAUGAUCAAGAAGCGACAAGCAAUGAGGACGACUCUUGGUGACUACAGACAGAAGAUGAAAGAUGAUGAAAAGAAGCAGGCGGCAGCUGCAAAGAAAGUAGUGCUGAAGCCUGCAGAUGAAUCUCAGACAAAGCUCUCUAAGUGCUUGAAACUAAGCUCUUCACAGCAACAACAGAAGAUGGGAGAUGGUUCUAGUUCUGUAGAUGAGAAACUCACUGACCUCUCACUGGCCGACUCCAAGGACCAAUCAGCUACAGACAGUGACAACACAUCACAGAAUCUGGAUAGCCAAUCAGAUACAUGUACCUUCAAAUUUGAGAAAUCAGAUAACAAAUUUCGUUUUAACUUUAAAGAUGAAGGAAUUGUGAAUGAUAAUGUUGAACUAAGUGGUGGAAGCAAGGGAACGUGAAAAAUGUGUACAUUCACUCUUGUGCAAUCAUCAGUUAUUUAGUUUCACAUGUAAAAAGUCAUGAAUGAUAUAUUUGUGUUUGAUAUAGUUUUUCACAAUAAAUAUAUAAAAAAAGAAUGUGAUACAAU